AUGGUUACCUCUGUAGAUAGGCCAUCAAAUGGAAGAAUUAGAAAUUUUGAUAAAGAAGACGAUGAAGACGACGAAGAUAAUAAUAAUAAUAUUGUGUUUCCUGAAGACGACUAUUCAUGGGUAAUUAAUAAUAGUAGAGUUUCUUCAAUUCUAUUAACCGAUGAGACAAUAGAAAUUAUUAAUGCGUAUUCUGGUGAGAGUGAUAAUGAAAUUCAUAUUAAACCGACGACUACUGUGGAAUCUCCAUUACCUAAGAGCUCAUCUUCUGGUACCUCUCCUGAUUAUAAACUAAAGAGUUUGAAAUUUGAUCGCAAUAAAAUGCCAUUGCAAGCUUUUAACAAUAGGAGGUCAAAAGAUUCUUAUGGUUCAACAAGGUCAAAAGAUUCAAAUAAUUCAAAUAAAAACGAUCGAAAUUCUGCUCAUCAAUCUCAAGGUACAGUUUCCACUUCGAUGUUGCUCGAUUUUAAUGGUGAUAAUACUGGAUUAGUGAGGACUAAUCAGAGUCUUUCUAAUAAUCGAAGUAUGAGUAGUGUAAAUUCUUCAAGUAUGGUAACCGCAAGAUCUACACCUCCACAAAGACGGACGUCAUCUUAUUAUCCACCCGUUGAUCAAUCCAUUUCUUAUAUCAAUAAUCAAACACUUCCUAAACUCCCGACGAAUUUCAUGGACAAUUCAAAUUUUAAUAGUUCUGGUAAUUUAUUAGAGAUUAAAGGUGUUUCUGGAUCAUCCAUUGAAGAGAUAGAUGAAUACGAGAUGGGAUUAGAACCGGAACUUGAAGAUGCAGUAGAUGCUUUACGAAAGGAAAUGGGUCUUCCAAAACCGGAAGAAGCUGUACCCAAAACAUACUACUCGAAUACUAGUAAUGCAGCUAAUUUUAAUAGGGUAGGGCCAAAUUUGGGAUUCUACAGCGAUAAUUACGGUUUAUUAAACGCUGAGCAAAACCAAACUCAUGUUGAUGAUAUACAAACUCAACAGUAUUUCGGCCAACCUAAAGUAAAUACUUUUGAGGGAACCCUAAAACAUACUAGGCCACCGCCGAUUUCUAAUGUGCCAUUGAAGAAUAACAUGCUUGAUGGUGGUUGGAAUGCAACUCCAGAGGUGGAUAUUUCUAAACUACCAGAAAAUGUUAAUGAAUCAAGGAGACAGAAAGAGUAUUCACACAAAGAGAUAGAACAUGAAAAAUUGAUGGAAUUGCAUGAACAAUUUUCAGAUUCACAGGUUGAGAUGAUGAUUAAAACCAUUGAUGAAUACAAAAAAGCUUCAUCUGGUACAAAUAAAGGGUAUUUUGAUAAAGAUAAGAACCCGCAUUCUAAUACGAUUCCAAUUCAGCGUUUAGAUUCUAAUUCGGUAUACUCAUUCGAUUCUCAAGGUAAUGGAUUUAGAGAUAUUUAUAGUUUAGAAAGAAUUGCAUUACUUUUUUUAUGUUGUACAAUUGUACCAAUAUUGUACUUUAUUAUUGGGUUUGGUCCAAGGGGUGGACUGUCAGAAUAA